CAGGCUUAGACUAUCAUUUUUAUACUUCACAGGAUGGCAAAGUACAAGGAAACUUCCAGUGAAGAAUUGUAUAAACUAUUGCCCAUUUUUGAUGUAUCUUCUCAAGAUAAAAUCUCAAAAAUUCCAGACGAAAGAGAGCGGCCACAUUUACUAUCGUAAGUUUAUGUAUUUGUUGCAGAAAUGCAUGUUUUUUUUAGUUUCUGUGAAGCACGAAAUAUCGUAUAUAUAGCAUUUGGAAUUUAUUUACAGUCACCUUUGGCUCAUAUUUUUGCAUAAUCCUAUUUCUUGCGCUAGAAGACAAUAACUACAGUGUAUUUGCGACUUUUGUAUUGAUACAUUCAUUAUUUCGCUCGCGUUUUUUCAGGAAAGACAGGUAUGGAAAUCGCUACUUUUAGCGACUGUUUUGAGCCUUCGACAACCACUUUGACACCGCGGUACCGAAGCCAAAUUUCAGUCAAAGGUGACGCACCUUUGACUGAAAUUAACUGAAACUACAGGGUGUAUCAAAAUAAACGCAAUUCAUCUUUUGUGCUUAAUAACUUUCGAAAUACUAUUUCUAGUUAAACGCUUUUAGGCUUACUUCAAAGCCUGUUCUUUUCUCUUUCAAACAAACUAUUAUCCUUGUCUCCAAUGCUAGUAAUAAUUGCACAGGAAAAGAUUUAGUAAAACCUAUCAUUUUUAGUUGCUGUUUAAUUAUGCAAGUUUACUAUGUUAUUGUUCAGUCGGUUUAAAUGUUAGAAUUUUCUUCUUUAAACUUUAAUGUUGUCGUCACUCGGUCACUACAUCUGGAAAACCACGUAAGAACAAAUUAAAAGUAUUUUAAAAGAGACCAGGUUGUUUGAAAAUCCUAAACGAAUGCUAAAAAUCGUCAAAACAUUCUGGUGUCUGAGCCAGAAUGUCAUCGAAUUGCGAUGUAAUGUAAACAGAAAUUAUAGCAAGUUGAUGUCAGUGAUCAGCUUAGAUGGUCUAAGCCAAAAUUAUAUCGCAUUUGAAGUUUCAAACUGAGUUAAAAAUAGUGGAAGAAAAGCCGUAAUUAUACUUAUUGUUACAAUCCAUUUAAUAAAAUGCAACAUUUUUUUGUUUUAAUGAAAAAAUCAGUUAUUUUCAUGAGAACGAUUUGUUAUUCCAUCUCAAUUUUUUAAUCUCCAAUCGCAAUAACGUAAAGUAUUAUUACCCGCGAACCAAUGAGUCAAAUUUAAGAAACAACCCACUGUUAGAAAGCUGAAUGGCUACGAUUUAAAAUGAAUGUAAACUUUAACGUUUUCGUCUAUUAUUUGUUUAGCAAUUUACAUUUCAGUCGAGGAUUGCGCUUUUUUUGAUACACCCUGUAUACGUUUUCCCUUGUGUUCAUGGCCCUCUCAUUCUAUUUCACACGCAUCAAUAUAUACGUCAUGCAUAUAGUGGUUAUGUUUUAUUGAUUAUUGUUGAUUAUUGAUUAUUGACAUUAUUGACACUCCCCUGAAAGGGGCUUGUCAGUGACAAAAAUUACAAAGACAUAAACUUACUGUAUUAUUACUACAUUUAGUCCAAAUUAUUUUUAUUGAAACACAUUGCUAGCAAACAAGGACAAUUUCACAAAAACUGUGACAGGGACAUCAACAACGACAACGACAACGACAACGACAACGACAACGACAACGACAACGACAACGACAACGACAACGACAACGACAACGACAACGACAACGACAACGACGACGACGACAACGACAACGACAACGACAACAGUAACAGUAACAGUAACAGUAACAGUAACAGUAACAGCAGCAGCAGCAGCAACAGGAACGGCGACGGCGACGACGACGACGACAACGACAACGACGACGGCGACGGCGACGACGACGACGACAUCUCUAUGUCUAUAGUUGCAUUAUAUGUUACCGACGAAGAUACUUGAAAAAACAAGAAAAUCUGUCAGGAUGAUCAUCUUAACAUCAACCAUAUAAAAUUUUAAUUCUAAUUCCAAACAUAUAGUAUACACUACAACAAUAUGUUGCUAUAUUUGAAAUUAUAUAUAAUAAGACAGUGUUGCUGUGGCAUGCAAAAGCUCACCAUUUCUUGUGUACUGUUUAGAGGACCACAAAGCGCCAUGAUGAUUUUUAAAUUUUGUGUUGGCGCUGGUUGGUUUUCUCUUCCGGCUGCUUUUCGAUAUUCAGGCGUUUUGGUAAGUGAAGUACUGCUAUAGUCCAUUAACAUUAUAAAAUAAUAAAUAAUAAUAUCUUCUAUGAAAUGAAAUUAUUGUUCUCCUCUAUAGAAUUCAGUAUUUUUGCAAUUUAGGUUGGUAUAAUUUGGAUUUUUGUAUGUGGAGCGCUUACGGUGUAUGGAAUGCAGAGAUUGGUGCAAACUUCAUGGGAAGUUGCUCGAAGGUAUUGCACAGCAAUAAUAGUAAACAUUAAUAUUUUGUCUGCCACAAAUCAUUAUACAGAGAUUCAGAGUACGUGUUUAUCGUGCACGUUCCAUGAAAUUAUUUGUAUUAAUUGUAAACAGGGGGAAUUGUACCGUAUCUUAAUUAUUAAGUAAAAGGUUGAAAUAUAUAUACGUAGGCCCGUGCAUGGAAGUAUCUCGUGCAACAUGCAAUUAGUAUUUGUAUCCACACACAGUUCAUGCAUGUAUUCAAUUUUUGUAGAAAUGGAACUGACACAGCUUAUUUUGGAGAUAUUGGUGCUGCCUGUGGUAGAUUAUUGAGCAAAAGAUGGGAAUUGAUCGGAAGGUUAUUGAUCGUUAUUAGAG